UGUUCGUUGUCCUUGUUUACCUGCGUGUGUCACUGAUAUCCAUAAUUAGCUGUAACCUUUACAUACAGUGGAAUAUUUAUGCAAGUCAUUUAUCACGUGGCAGCGACCGUGCCCUACCCGAUUAUGACGUCACAAGCUGACUAGUAUAUAUAUCCGCGGCUGAAGAAACACGCCAUAUUGAUAACAUUUGUCUUGCGACGUCAGUGAACGUACGGGCAAAUUUAUCCUCCGUAUUUUUAACAUUUCAUUAACAACAAAGAAUAACAUCGUUGUUUACCUGACAUCUGAAGAACAAAAUGGCACAGACACAACCUCGCCAGAACUUCAAUGUGGAGACCGAAGCUGGAAUCAACCGCCAGAUCAACAUGGAGUUGUACGCCAGCUACUGUUACCAGUCUAUGUCGUUUUACUUCGACCGUGAUGAUGUUGCUCUCCCUGGCUUUGCAAAAUACUUCAAGAAGGCCACAGAUGAGGAACGUGAACAUGCUGAGAAGUUCAUGAAGUACCAGAACAAGAGGGGAGGCAGGGUUGUCCUUCAGGAUAUCAAGAAGCCCGACAAGGAUGAGUGGGGAAGUGCCCUGGAGGCCAUGCAGGUUGCACUGGCUCUGGAGAAGAACGUAAACCAAUCUCUCCUGGACCUCCACGCUGUUGGGGACAAACAUGGUGAUUCUCAGUUCAUGGACUUCCUUGAGGGCGAGUAUCUGGAGGAACAGGUGAACGCCAUCAAGGAGAUCUCGGACCACAUCACCAACCUUAAACGUGUGGGACCUGGUCUUGGGGAGUACUUGUACGACAAGGAGUCCAUCAAUGAAUCCUAAACCCGAGACGCUCCGCGUGGAAGCUUCUUGCAGUGUUGAACAUUUUGCCCAGAAUGUGUUGCCUACUAAAAUACCUUAUAAACACUCUGUUACAUGUGAAUAACAUUCCUGGAAGAACUUUUUUGAAAGAUUAAUGCCAAAAACAUUAUAAAAAGAAAUCAUGGGCACAAGAAAGAAAAGAGAUGAAAAUAAUAAAAAAAAAAAUGUAAAAUUU